CCUCUUCUCCUCCAAAACUCUCCGUCGCCCGAACGGGCGAUUCUCCCCCUUCUUCAUCAUCCCUUUCGUAAGAAACCCUAAUUCCUCGUUAUCUCUCCCUCCCAAAUUACAAUUACAAUUAUGGUGUGAGUACGAGAAUGGGAACGGCUACUGUUAUAGCGCACGGAUCUUCUUGUCGAUUUUGUCCAAUUCUAUGCGGAGGGGCGCAGGGGAGUGGGAUGAGAACUUGUGCGGAGGUGGGCGUGACGUGUAAACGACCAUUUACCCCUCCAAGCUGUCAGGUAAGAAGUUACAGAUGGAGGAUUGCAUUUGCUCUAGACACAGGAGGAGGAGGAGCAUCUCCCGACCCUAACGACGAAAAUAACCUCGAGGGAGAGAACCGAGGCCUUGGCAGGACGAGGUUGGGCACCAUAGCUGGAGCUGCUGCGAGGCAGCUUCUUGAGAAGCUGAACGCCGCCAGAAAGAACUUUCCCAUGAAGAUAUUCCUCCUCCUCUUGGGCUUCUACACAGCUAAUGCUCUCGCAACCAUCCUAGGCCAAACUGGCGAUUGGGACGUUCUUGUCGCCGGUGUCGUUGUGGCUGCGAUUGAAGGGAUCGGCAUGCUUAUGUACAGAAAGCCGUUCACGAUGCCUGUUGGAAGGUUCCGGUCUUUGGUUGCGAUGGUAAAUUAUUGGAAAGCCGGCAUAUGCCUCGGUCUGUUUGUUGAUGCCUUCAAAUUAGGGAGUUGAGCAAUUUAGGCUUGAGCCAUGCUGUAUCGUGAUCACUAUUUGGUCAUUGAGAUUGAUCAGAGUAUGUGUCGGAUCGGGUGCUCAAAUGUAUCAGCUCACAAAAUUUUUGCUUGCAGUGUAACCUGCCCCUGAGACUAACUUCGCACAAAUCGGUUGAUACCUCGUGAGGCUUGAUCACUUUUCCCCGUUGAGUUGGAGCUUUUCAUCUGUGCGCAAGCUGUUUCGGGCGAGUAUGCUGAUGAUCAAUUUGAUGUCUAUUAUUGUUUCUUUCCACCUGUAGCAAUCCUGCAUGCGGAUGUAAACAAUUUUUGUCCCAAUUCAAAAGUUUGUUUGUAAGGUGUGCUCAUUCUUACUGAAUUGGCGGAUGUUGCUAUUUUCAGAAAUUCUCUACAACAUAUCAUCUUGUUUAGAUACUUGUGAGAUUGAAUAUAGGGAGUUUUACAUCCCUAGAAGGAUGAUUGCA